AUGCAGAACAACCCCCAGGAGCUUUCAUGGCAGGCGAUACAGACUAUUGUUGGGGUUAAACUUCCGACUAACGUGUUACGAUUUGACGAUAUUGAAUUUCAUUUAAUAAAUUCGACGUUGGACGCAGAAGAUUCGGAUUCCGACGUUGAAAUCAUCGAAAAUGAAUGGGAAUCCGAUAAUAAUGUAUCAUCGAAACCCGACAAUUCGGAUAACGAAAAACCUUCACCGGAACGGGAACAGAGUGAGUCACCUAUUCUACAUCUUGUAGAGCCUGAUAACAACAAUUCAGGUAAAGAUCUUCUCGAUUAUAGAGAAUAUUUUUCUAAAAUGGAUACCAAAGAUAUUAUGGAUAGUGAUCAGACGUCUCUUAACCAAAAUGAUGACGCCGAUAGCUCCAAUGUUAUGUCCAUUGAAAACUAUUUAGAAGUCACUUUGUCUACCGAUUCUGAGGCUAGUCAUACUUGCAGCCAAUGUAAUCAAAUGUUUCCCAGUGAACAGUUGUUGUCAUCACAUAACUGCAGCGCCAAGCCCACCGAAGAGAAAAAAUACCCAUGUCAUGUUUGUUCAGAGAAGUUUCCUAGUUAUUGGGAGCUCAGAAAGCACAUUAACAGCCAUUUUCCUGGGAUGCUGGAUUCCAAGUCUAGUUUUUGUCAUCUGUGUCAAAAAGACUACACUAAAACUGGAUUUAUGAACCAUCUGAGAAAGCACACGGGUGAACGUCCAUUUGUUUGUGAGCUUUGCCAUAAAGCAUUCUCUCAGUCGAGUUCCCUGUCUAUACAUAUGAAGUUUCAUUUGAAUGUCCGUAAACAUGCCUGCACGAUAUGUGAAAAGAAGUUUGUUACCAAAAGUGAACUAUCCAGACACAUGACUGUUCACACCAAACAAAAAUCUUAUUAUUGUGGUGUAUGUGAUAAAGCAUUCACCCGCUCUGACAAUAUGAAGAAACAUGAGAAAACUCAUGGAUAA